AUGAAGGUCAGGAUCAAGACGUGGAACGCCGUCGCGUCCUGGCGCUGGGACGUGCCCGAGGACGACGUGUGCGGCAUCUGUCGCGUCCAGUUUGACGGCACGUGUCCGAACUGUAGGUUUCCGGGGGAUGAUUGUCCGUUGUUGGUGGGCAAGUGUGGGCAUUCGUUUCAUCUGCAUUGCGUCAACGACUGGAUCUCGACCGAGAGCUCGAGGGGCUUGUGUCCCAUGUGUCGGCAGAAGUUUGAGGUUGCUGGAGGUUAG